GAGAGAGAGAGUGACAAAAAGUGGUCUUUUUUUUCAUCAUCAAAGGAGAGAGAGACCCACUUCAACAAUGUCGCUGCAGAAUCACUGGUGUUAGUGGUGGUGGGUUACAGAGUAAAGAGCUCUCUCUACUACUACUACUAGUAAGCAGAAGAUAAAAAGGUGUUAGCUUUUUCUCAACACUUCACACCAAAUAAAGCCUUUCGUUUUUAGAGAUCAAGUGAGAAGCACUACUAACCCACAAAAAAAAGCUUCUCCCUUUCUCUCUUUCUUUCUCUCUUUGUGUCUCUUCUUGUUGGCUUUUAGACUUUAAACAGUGAGUGAGGAAGAUGGGCAGUGCUGCGCAUUUUAGCAAAGAGAGGGUUCUCAGAGGGUUUCUUGUUUGGUUCUGUGUUUGGGGACUGCUCUCACUUACAUGCUCUGGGAGACUCAGUGUUUCAAGGCAGAAUUUUGAAGUGCACAAACACUUGAAUCGAUUGAAUAAACCAGCCGUUAAGAGCUUUCAGAGUCCAGAUGGGGACAUAAUAGACUGUGUUCACAUAUCUAAGCAACCAGCUUUUGAUCAUCCGUUCCUUAAAGAUCACAAGAUUCAGAUGAAACCUAGUUACACUCCACAAGGGAUGUUUGAUGAGAACAAAGUAUCUGAGAAGCCAAAAGAAAGAGUCAAUCCAAUAACUCAGUUAUGGCACCAGAACGGAGUUUGUUCUGAAGGGACAAUACCAGUGAGGAGGACGAGGAAAGAGGAUGUUUUGAGGGCGAGUUCUGUUAAACGGUAUGGUAAGAAGAAGCUCCGUACUGUUCCUCUUCCCCGAUCUGCUGAUCCUGAUCUCAUCAACCAAAGUGGUCAUCAGCACGCUAUAGCUUAUGUGGAAGGAGGCAAGUUUUACGGAGCGAAGGCAACAAUAAAUGUAUGGGAACCCAAAGUGCAGAACUCUAAUGAGUUCAGCUUGUCUCAGUUAUGGAUUCUUGGAGGUUCUUUUGGUCAAGAUCUCAAUAGCAUUGAAGCUGGUUGGCAGGUUAGUCCAGAUUUAUAUGGCGAUAACAACACAAGGCUGUUCACAUACUGGACGAGUGAUGCUUAUCAAGCUACUGGCUGCUACAAUCUCCUCUGUUCGGGUUUUAUACAAAUCAACAGCCAAAUAGCAAUGGGAGCGAGUAUUUCACCAGUAUCUGGCUUCCAUAACCCGCAAUACGAUAUAAGUAUUACUAUUUGGAAGGAUCCAAAAGAAGGGCACUGGUGGAUGCAGUUUGGGGACGGGUAUGUGUUGGGAUACUGGCCAAACUUUCUAUUCUCAUACUUAGCGGAGAGUGCAUCGAUAGUAGAAUGGGGAGGAGAAGUAGUGAACAUGGAAGAAGAUGGUCACCACACAACCACACAAAUGGGAAGUGGUCAGUUUCCGGAUGGAGGGUUCACGAAAGCAAGUUACUUCAGGAAUAUUCAAGUCGUUGAUAGCUCUAAUAAUCUGAAAGAACCAAAAGGGCUCAACACUUUCACUGAGAAAUCUAAUUGCUAUGAUGUUGAGGUUGGUAAGAAUGAUGAUUGGGGACAUUACUUUUACUACGGAGGUCCUGGAAGAAACCCUAAAUGUCAGUAGAGGAUGAACAAAAGAAAGAAUAUGAUUGAAGAUGAAGCUGUAGAGGAACAUAUGUACUGGAAAUUUUCCUAGUGUUUGUGAUAAGUGUGAAAAUAUCGUUUUUGUUGAUUUUUUCUUACACUUUACUGUGUUUUGGUUCUGGACAUUAUUUUGCGUUUUUUUUUUUGGUUUCUAGGUUUUGAUUAGGUAAUAGUUUUGGUAUUGGGGUUUUUAUUUGUUACUUGCUUUGGAAGAUAACAAGUUUGUAAGUGUGUAAGAGAGAAUUAGUGUCCCUCUCUUGUAGCGUAGGAGUAACCUUAUAAAAGUUAAAGAAGGUUACGGACCUUUACGUUGUCUAUGAGUGUUUCCUUGAGUGCGUUUGCUUAUGAGUUAUGAUGGAGGUCU